CGGGCCUGCCUUUAUUUUCUUAGAUCUCUUAAAAGCAGCCCAAACUUAUUAUGCCCAAAAACACUUCUUUUCUUAUUGUUUCUCUCUCUAAAACCCCCCCCAAAAAGAGAAAAGCCACUAACCCUUAGCUUCCAUUUAUUGUAAGAUCUAUCAAGAUAUAUUUUCCAUGGAUGAAGACAAGGAUGAGGAUGUUUCUGGUAGUACUGCUAUUGAAUCAUGUGAAGAGACAGUAUGUGAUCAAGUAGCCAGUGGAGAUAGUGAGAAAACCGGAGUUCUUGAGCCUGUUGCUAGUGAGGCUCAGGUUCAAGAUUCAGGUGCAGGUGCAGUUUCAGGUUCAGAUUCAAGGUCAGGUGAGGGGGUCGUAGCAGAAGAAGGUGGGUCUUACAAUGAAAAAGAAAUAAUGGUUGAGGUCAUGGGUUCUGAUAUAUGUGUUGAAUCUGUUGAUGGUGUUUGCAUACGUGAUUCUGGUGAUGAUGAUGGAGGAAAUUCAAGUCUGAAUGCAGCUGGUAGUCAGGGAGGGUCAGGUGAGCGGGGAUCAGAGGAAGAGUUGAAACAUUUGGGUAGUGGAGGAGGUGAGGCUUGUGAUUCUGAUUCCAAGGCCUCUUUGGAUUCAGGCGUGGAGGCAUUGAAUUUGGGAACUGAACAUGAAGUUGGAAAGUCUUCUGGGUUUGCGGAAUCUAAAGAAGAAGGGCAAUUAGAGGAGGGUGAGACAACCAUUGGGGAGGUCAGCAAUGUUGUUAGGGAUGACACUGCCUAUGAUAGCACUUCGCGGAGAGUUGGAGGUGGGGACAGCCUGGAUAUGAGACUUGGAAGUGCAGUUGAAGGUUCCACUAGUGAGGAAAUCCCAGUUGUGGCUGAGAAUUUGGCUGUAGCUACAGGGGAGGAAAGUUUAGAGGGAGUAGGGAUGGAGGAUAUAAAUCCUCAGGAAAUUAGACUAUCAGAGAAUGAAACACAGGAUCAAAGAGUUGAAAAUGGUGUAGGAAGUUCAAGUAGCACUUUUCAGGGAGGUGGGGGUGGGGAAGACCCGGGUAUGAGACUUGGAAGUGCAGUUGAAGGUUCCACUAGUGAGGAAAUCCCAGUUGUGGCUAGGAAUUUGGCUGUAGCUACAGGGGAGGGACGUUUAGAGGGAGGAUUGGGGACGGAGGAUGCAAAUUCUCAGGAAAUUAGACUAUCAGAGAAUGAAACACAGGAUCAAAGAGUUGAAAAUGGUUUAGGAAGUUCAAGUAGCACUUUGCAGGGAGUUGGGACAGGGGACAGCCUGGAUAUGAGACUUGGAAAUUCAGUUGAAGCUUCCACUAAUGAGGAUAUCGCAGUUGUGGCUGACAUAUUGAUUGUAGCUGCAGGGAAGAAAAGUUUAGAGGGUGGAUUGGGGACGGAGGAUGUACAUUCUCAGGAUAUUAGACUAUCAGAGAAUGAAACACAGGAUCAAAGAGUUGAAAAUGGUGUAGGAGAUUCUAUAGCAGUUAUAGGUUCUUCAGCAGGUGAGCAAGUUGUUAUUGCUGUUGAGAAAUCUGAAUCAGCUCAGGAGUCUGUAGAUCAUGCUAAGGAAACCAAUGGCAGGGGGGCAGAUGCAUUUCAAGAGUCAGAGACGCAAAAGACUGGGGUUUUGCAGGAUGAGGUUUGGAAACCAGGAAUUGAAACUACAGGUGCACCUUCUUCAGCUGUCAUGGAAGAUUCAAGCACUGAUACCCAAGUUGUUGAGGAGGAAACUGCAGGGAUGGCCGAUAAUAAAAAUUUGAAUCCCAAAAUUGAAGCAACUAUGGAGGAGACUCAUGACAAUGAUGCUGUGAAGGGGGUUACACCCAAUUCUGAAAAGGAUUCAGUUUCAACAGAAAAAGAUGCCAUUCUAAAUGCAACCUCCAAUCUUUUAGAUGGGCAAGCACAAAUUUCUGUUGAUGGAAAAAAUGCAUCAUUGGACAAUGAAGAGGUUGGAAGUCCUGGAAUUGAAGGUAUGGACACUGAUGCUUUUAAUGAAAAUUUUUAUUUUUCAGUGGAAGAACUGCAGGCAACUUUCGAGACAGCCAAUGGAAGCACUGAAAAUCACUAUGAUGCAUUUGCAGAUAUGCAAUCCUCGCAACAACCAAAUCAGGUAGUUGUUGGAGGUGAAAUUCUGGCAACAGAGGACAAGAUGCUUCUGAAUUCUAUAAAAGAUAAUUUAAUAACUGCAGACUGCUUAGACCAGAGAGUGUCUCAUUGUUCUGCUCAGGGUCAUUCAGAUGUAGAGCCAGAAAGUGCUGAACAAGCUGGUAUACAGAAGGAGCAAGGUAAGAUUGAGACCUCUAAUGGUAGCACUAUAAAUCGCAGUAACAUGUCUUUAGAUUCCACAACUUCAUGUCAGCCAGCUCAAGCAGUUGUUGAUGAUGAAGUUACAGAAAUGGAUGUUAAGGUUCAUUCAGAUCCUAAUUCUAAGGGUCUAGUUCACAUGCAAUUGGAUGUAAUGUUAUCUUCCUCAGGAAACAACCGGCUGUUAGAGACUGAGGCAGACCAUGAAAAAGGGGAUAUCCAAACCACUUCAACGUGCAAGGGUAAGGUUCUAACUUCUUCUGCCAAGGUUUCAGAGCCUGUUGAAACAGACCAAGAGUUGAAGCUGGAAAAUUGUUUAGAUAAGAGUGCAGUUUGUGAUCCUGCCGAAGGUAAUUCAAGUAUGGGGUACCUGAUGGAUGACCAAGAACAAAUUACUCAAGUUGAAGAGCUUGGAGGAGAAGAGAAAAAGGUUACAGAACAACACUCAAAGGCUGCAAGUGUUGGUGCAAGCACAGAAACUGAUUCCAAAUUACUGGAUGGAGGGCAAAUUGUUGUAGUGAAUAAUGACAUGACUGUGGCUUCCAAUACUGAACUUGCGGUGCCUGCUGAAGGGAAGCAACAUCUGAUGACUGAAGAAGGAUUGGAUGAAAGUGCAUGUAAUGAUGUAUUUGAUAUUGAAUCAGAUCUGGGAAAAGAAACAGCAGCCCAAGAGCAUAUUGAAGAGGACCAACAGCUGAAGUUUGAAGAAGGGUUGGAUGAAACUGCAAGUCAUGAUGUAUUUGAUAUUGAAUCAGAUAUGGGAAAACUAACAGCAGCCCAAGAACAUGUUGAAGAGGAUCAACAUCUAAAGUUUGAAGAAGGGUUGGAAGAAAAUGCUAGUCAUGAUGUAUUUGAUAUUGAAUCAGAUAUUGGAAGACAAACAGCAGACCAAGAACAUGAUGCAGAGGUCCAACAGAUUGCCUUGCAUGAAGGGCAAGAAAUUGAAGCUGAACAGCCAAAGACCACUGAUGAUAAGCAAGAAGCAGCUCUACCUCCUGAAAACACAGUAAAAGCAUAUCAAGCUACUUAUCAGCUACCGCCAGAUGAUGAAGGUGAGUUCAGUGUAUCUGAUUUGGUAUGGGGUAAAGUGAGAAGCCAUCCAUGGUGGCCUGGACAGAUUUUUGAUCCUUCAGAUGCCUCUGAGAAGGCAAUGAAAUAUUAUAAAAGGGAUUGCUUUUUGGUAGCAUAUUUUGGGGAUCGAACAUUUGCAUGGAAUGAGGCAUCUCUGCUAAAACCUUUCAGGUCAAACUUCUCUCUGGUUGAGAAGCAGAGCAAUUCAGAAAUAUUCCAAAAUGCUGUUGAUUGUGCUUUGGAAGAAGUAUCAAGAAGGGUAGAGUUUGGAUUGGCUUGCUCAUGCCUGCCAAGAAACAUGUAUGACAAAAUUAAAUUUCAGAUAGUAGAAAAUGCUGGAAUCCGCCAAGAAUCUAGUGUAAGAGAUAGUGUGGACGAAUCCUUGCAUGCUGAUGUAUUUGGACCUGAUAAAUUAGUGGAGUAUAUGAAAGCAUUAGGACAAUCUCCAGCUGGUGGGGCUGAUCGACUGGAGCUUGUCAUUGCCAAAUCUCAGUUGCUUUCAUUUUAUCGCUUGAAGGGUUAUUCUCAACUGCCUGAAUUUCAAUUUUGUGGAGGAUUGUUAGAGAAUGCGGACACAUUACCUGUUGAGGAUGAAGUGACUGAGGGUGCAUCUGCUCUUUACAAGGAUGAUGGGCAAAGUUCAUCUGGUCAGGAAAUUUUACAGACUCAAAGAAGCUCUUAUCACAAACGGAAGCAUAAUUUGAAGGAUACUAUCUAUCCUAGGAAGAAAGAGAGAAGCUUGUCUGAAUUAAUGGAUGACUCAUGGGAUUCUGUAGAUGAUGAAAUUGGUGCUGAUGGGAAACCUAGUAAUAAGUUACUUUCACCGUCUUCUGGGAAGAAGCGGAGGGGCUCUGAUUCCUUUGCUGAUGAUGCAGCUAUGAUAGAAGGGAGGAAAACUAUCUCCCUUGCAAAAGUGUCCACUCCUGUUACUCUUCCUAAACCUUCCUUCAAGAUUGGUGAAUGCAUUCGUAGAGUUGCGAGCCAGAUGACUGGGUCUCCCUCUAUAUUGAGGCCCAAUAGCCAAAAGCCAGAUGGAGGCAGUGAUGGACUUGUUGGUGAUGGAUCUGACAUAUUGAUCCAGCAUUCUGAGGAUCUUGAGAUGAGGAGAAUGAAUGUUCCGACAGAAUACUCGUCAUUAGAUGAAUUGCUAUCACAGCUUCUCUUGGCUGCUCGAGAUCCUUUGAAAGGAUAUAGUUUCUUGACUGUCAUCAUUAGUUUUUUCUCGGAUUUCCGGAACACAGUGAUUAUGGAGAAGCAUCAUGAUAAAGUAGGUGGUAAAAGGAGACCAGCAUUACCGUCCAUUAGUGGUUCUCCUGAAACAUUCGAAUUUGAGGAUAUGAAUGACACUUAUUGGACAGACCGGGUUAUUCAUAAUGGUUCAGAAGAGCAACCACCACGAAAAAGUAGAAAGCGGGAUACCCAUCUUGUGUCCGUGAACCUGGAUAAGCCCCUUAACAGGUCAAAUUCUAGGAAGCGUUAUUCUGAUGGUAAUGGUGGUCUGUCAUCAGAGAAACCAGUUGGUUAUUCGGAUGAGAAUGCACCAGCUGAACUAGUAAUGCAUUUUCCUGUGGUGGAUUCUGUUCCUUCAGAAACAUCCCUCAAUAAGAUGUUUAGGCGCUUUGGGCCUUUAAAAGAGUAUGAGACAGAAACAGAUAAGGAUACCAACCGUGCCAGAGUUGUUUUCAAGAAGUGUUCAGAUGCAGAAGCCGCUUAUGGAAGUGCUCCAAAGUUCAACAUUUUUGGUUCAACUCUUGUAAAUUACCAGCUUAACUAUACUAUAUCUGUGCCAUUCAAAACUCAGCCAGUGGCCACACUCCCAGGAGAGGAAGAUGAAACACUAUUUCUACAGUUUUGAAGAAGAGGAUCUGGUUUAAAACUGGAGUGCAGAUUUGAAGAAUUGAUGCAGAUCAAGUACAGCUGGCACUCCUUUUACAGAUGCUUAACCUGGCUGCCAGUGCUCCUCGUUAUCUGCUGUAUCCUCUGAAGGAUGCCUUAUUGCCAUGUUUUGGGCCAUAAUGCAGAGGGUUGCUGCUGUUCUAAAAUCUCAGUAGGUUCAAUUAGUGCAUUGUACAGCAGUGUUAGCUGAUCUCUGUAGUUGCUAUCCUUGAUGAGUAUGAGGUUGAAUCAUUAAUUCUUGUUGCUUGUUUAUCAGUUAUGGUUCAUCCAUCUGCAUGUCAUAUGAAUUUCUUUCUGUAUCAAAGCACAAUGCUGAAAGUUUCAGCAGGGGUUAACCUUGGCACUGUAGAAGCAUACCCAUCCAAGCCAUGUCUUUUUCUUCAAGAUUUGCAAGAUGAUGAUUGACGUGCAUUUGCUUCGUGCCUCUUGACUUUGUAAUCCUGUAAGUCGCAUGGGAUUGAUAUUUAGGCUAUAUGUUAUCAUAAAAGUAAAAAAAAAUAACUUUGAAGAUAUUUGUUAAAGGGGAAUGAGGAGAGUAAAUGUCAUCAGGUUUGGCAGGCUUGAAUAGUCAAGACAUAUAAAAACAAAAUUGUUAAUCCCUAGUGUUUGGAGUUGUAGACAGAAUUCUGCAGCAUUCUUUUCAUUACAUCCCCAUUGCUGCUCAUGUAUUCUGCAAUGUUGCAUGUCCCCAGUUAUUUAAGAAGUCUUAGAGCCGUAAGUGUUAGAUCAUUUUUCAUUAUCCUUGUUUUGUUUUUCUAUUAAAGUUACUUCCUCUGGAUGUCUGUUGAUGUAGUCCUUGGCACACUUUAUCUGUGGCCAGGAAAGUGGUUUAUGACUGCAUGGUGUGCAUAGCAGCAUAUGUGGAAACUUAAGAAGUUUGAUGAUACUUAUAGUUGCAUCUCUGCUUUACAUCAGUUAUUUGAUAACUAUCUGUUUAGUAACUUGAAGUGCAAUGGAAAUGACUAUUUUAGAGGCCAUUGAAUGCUUGUGGGGAGGAAUUCUAAUAUCUUAUAUUUGUUGAAAUUAGACACAGGUGAGGAGCUUUCUUGAUGGUUCUUUUGUAUACAGUACUUGUUUUUUACUACUGGUUAAGCAGGCUUACUUGUUAAAAAAAAGAUGCCAGCCGUUUUGGCUGACAGUUCUUAGCAGAGUGCUUCUGGCAACUUCUAAUGUAGCAGCCCUUGUUAAAAUAUUUGAUGUAUUUAAAAGAGAAGAAAAGGUUGCCUAAAUCCAAUGAAUGAUGCUACCCAGGGAACAAUGUAGUUUUUUCCCUAUAAUCCUAAGCCUGUGCCUGUGCCUGUCGGAAGAUGAUCUGAAGAGCUGCUGUCUUUUGGGUUUUUUGUUGGGUUUUUAUUUUAUUGUUCUUUUGGGAGUUCUGGAAUGUGUUAAAUUUAAUAUCAUCUCAUAAUAAGUUUUUUCUC